AUGAGGGGUGGGGGUGGAGCAGUGUUUAUGUGGCUGGGGGAGGGAAGUAGUGGUGUCGGUGUUGUUGGUGAAGUUGAAGUGAGGCAGAAGAGAAGUGAAGUUCAAAGCCGAAAAGGGCGGGAGAUGAACAACUUAAUGUCUCCCCCGACAGUGCGACAACUAGACGACAACAACAACAACGGAUCUAUGCUGCGCUGCGUGGGAUGCGUCGCGAUGAAGAAGGUCGAUGUUACCAAAGUUUCUUCCACUUCCACUUUGACGAAUGCGCCGGAUGAUGUGAUAAGAGAGAGUUGCGACAAUAUCAAACGUCGAGACAGUGCCAGAAAGCCUCGACAAAGAAAGUGGUUUUCGGCAGGAUCCAAGGCGGCCACGAGAGUAGAUGAAACGGCCACAAGAUCGCAAGAUCGCAAGGUCGCACGGUCGCAAGCAGAAAACUAG